GGUAAGCCUUAGUUCAAAUUGUGAAAUGUGAAAACAUUGAAGAUUAGGUGUAUUUCCUUUGUUGUAUAUCGAUGGUUCCAAUCUCUAUAAACUAGUGAAAAACUGAAAAUAGCAAUAAAUAAUAGCCGUUUUAGUAGUUGUUAUGCUACUAUGCCCCUUUAAUCAAGUCCAUCUCAAAGCCAUUUGAAGUAGAAUGGUUAAUCGGUAGCUCACCUGUGAGCCGUUAAAGUGAUAUAAAAGGUUUUAAUUAACUGCACGAGAUGCCCAUAGUCCCAACUGCUACGCCAUUAUAGCCUCCCAACUACCUUUUACUUCCAAAUUUGAAUGUUCUCUUCCAUUCAUCCCCAGCAUUCGAUUCAUAGUUCCAUUAUAGAUUGUGCACAUGGAGGUUCAAGAAGAAGCAACCAUCAUGGAUAGGAAAUGUCCAAGAAAGCUAGACUUCAACGCACCACUUCUAUCAACUAGGCGCGCCACUGGUGUCAUCACUACUAGUGCAGAAAUGUCACGUACUGACUCGCUAGGCACUUCGCGAGGCAUAUGUGACAGGGUGCCAUUUUUGUGGGAGCUAGCCCCGGGCAAGCCCAAGGACGCGGACACCCAUGAUGAUAUGGUGGUGCCUCCCCCGAAACUCCCACCAGGCCGGUGGCAUAUGCCUAAAGAAGAUCAACUUCGCGAUAAUCCUGAUGAUGAUGGCUGCGAUGGUGAUAUUGAUGAUGAUGAUAAUUUCAAUGACAACGACUAUGACAAUAAUGAUGAUGAUUUCUCUGAUGCCAUGGACAUAUUUUCACUAGCCGAGUCAGUAGACUUUGCUGAGAAAGUGAAUGGCUUGGGGGGUGCAAAUCUAGAAAUAGAGGAGUAUAGGAGUACUCAUCAGUCUCCUAGCUUCAUGCUUAGGAGAUUUCUUCCUGAUGCCACUGCUCUGGCUGCUUCCUCUGCUAUGAACAGGAAGCUUCCUUCUCCGAGCAAUUUUCCUGAGCAAUUUACGCGAAGAGUUAGUAGAUCAUAUCCUUCAUCGAAAGGCUGUGGCUUGGACAUAUUCUUCCCUUGGAGGAUGAAGCCAUGUGGUGUGAAGAGCCCAGUCAGGCAAGUGUCUUCUAAUGUGAAACCUCAAUGGAGCACAAGGAAAAAGCAGAAUUGAUAGUCAUAACUAGCUGAAUUUAAGCCCACAUUGGCCACAUAUACAUGGUGGAAUUGUAAUGAUUGUUUCUAUAAUUGGCAUAUAAUUCAGUGUAAGCUAGAGGUUGAUUUUGCAAUGAGUGGUACAAAGUUGUGUUGCUGGAGUUAGAGCCACAUUUAGUAAUGGCCCUUACACAAACACACACACAAAAGUGUCGUGUGUGUAAAUUCAUCCAAGCAAGCAGCCAACACAUCAAGUCUCUGGUUGUGGCUGAUGGUGAUGCAGUGAAGAUGUAUUUAGUUUAUUCAAUGUGAAGGUUUGUUGGUUACUUUGUCAUCAAAUAUAGAAUCAGACAACAACUUCGUCA